AUGAGUUCGUCUAAGAUCAGAUCGCGGAGACGCGGAAACGAGGACUGGUUAUGGAAGGGUGUGAGCAGUCAUCAGUUGAUCGGUACAAUCGAUUACACAACAUUGGAGCCCGAUAGCUCCUUGGUAUCCAGCGCAUCCAAGCCGGAGCUACUUUGCACCUAUGACUGGCAAGAUAGACCUAACCCCACGGUCCUAGUUCCAGGGAAUGCUCCUGUCUGGACGGAUCAACAGCUCCCUAUUACCAUCCCCGAAGACCAUGGGGUUUACUUUGUCGACCAGAACGCUGCACGACUACCGGAAUACCCGCUCGAGCCAGUUUUCCACGCGACAGCCUCUAUGAACCCUUCCUUUCGAUUUGAUGAUGUCGAUGUAGUAGUAAACCGAAAUACUCUGAGAAAACUCUUCGAAUUCAGCAAGAAUAGCUUCGUAGAAAGCUUCCGGGUUAAUCUCUACAUCGUCAAAAACACCUUGUUUAUAGAACGUUGUUCCCAAAUAACAACAGAGAGAGUUAGACAGAACGGGGGUUACGGCAGGACUUUCGAAAAGCAGUUUACUAAGAGCACGAAUAAGAGCACCGGCCACCACCGUGUCUUGCGGUACCACCUUGGAAUGUUAAAUUGUGUCGUGCGUUUUGAGGUCGAUGCCUCUUAUCAAGAGAAUCAGAGUGAGCAGGUUGGAGGCUUGUCCAACGGGUCGCUGGCGACUGCGAUUGAAGGGUUGAAUCUCGAAAGCUCGAAAAGAAGCGAUACAGAAGCAUUUUCACCAAAAUUCCUAGAAAGCAGUAGGCUUAAGAGCAUAUUUACGGCCGAGGAAGCAACGCCACAGUCGAUAGCCGCAGAAAUAAAAACAUUCACUGAGAAACGCGGGCUUCGUCGGCAUUUAAGGAUUCCCCAGCUCUGGUUCGGCCGAACGCAUUGGCUAAUUGCCGGCCGUCACAAUAACGGGACAUUUGACGAGAUUGACGUUUCGUACGUUAAACCUGAGGAGUUCAUUGACUGGGAAAUCCAGUUUCAAGAACCCCUACGGAAGAUGGUCACGGUCAUCGCUCAGUUAAGAGAUAUCGUCGAAAAGAACAAGGGAUUCCACUGCGUCGCCAUAUUUGAACAAAAGGAAAGACCGAAGGUUAUCAAAAUUUACGCCUCUAGUUCCCCAGGCAAAAAACCCUUACCAAGGAGCCUGAUUGAGCACUUCUGGACUUCUUGA